CCCUCUACAGGGACGUCAUGCAGGAGAACUACGAGAUGGUGACCUCGCUGGGAUUCCCCCUUGCCAAACCUGAGCUGAUUGUCCGGCUGGAACGAGGGGAAGAGCCUUGGUUGCCUGAUCUCCAGGCCUGCGAGGAAAGAAGGCUUCCGAGAUGCAUCCAUAGAGGUGCUGAGCGAGGGAGUGAGAAUGAGGAGGGGAAUCAUCAUGAGGAAGUUCCCGGGGAAGUGGAACCACAGGGGACCUUUGUGGGAAGAGCUGAAGGGAAUUUUCCCCAGUGCUUGGAGCAGGCAGAAGCCUGGGGAAAUUGUCACAGAUCAGAGAGGCUUCUAGGAAACCACCCAGGGAAGAAAGUGGAUGAAUCUAUUAACGGUUGGGGAGGAGAGGAGGAUUGCAGAGCGCGGGAGAGAAAUCCCAAGGAAGAGACACCCUGGCACUACCUUCAGUGUGGGAAAGGAUUUACUGUGAGAUCACAGCUUGUGACACAGCAGACAAUCCAUACUGGAGAGAAACCCCUUCAAUGCUUGGACUGUGGGGAAAGCUUCAAUAUGCUCUCAGAUCUUAAUAACCAUGGGAGAAGCCAUAGUGGAGAAAAACCCUCUGAAUCCCUCGAAUGCGGAAAAUGUUUCAUUUCGAAGACACAAAUAAUUAGACAUCAGUUAAGCCACACUGGGGAGAGACCCCAUAAGUGCUUGGAGUGUGGGAAAAGUUUCACAGAGAGGUCACACCUUGUUAAGCAUCAGGCAAUCCACACAGGAGAGAAACCACACAAGUGCUUGGAGUGUGGGAAAAGUUUCACAGAGAGACCCCACAAGUGCAUGGAGUGUGGGAAAAGUUUCAUACGAAGGUCAGACCUUGUUUAUCAUCAGGCAAUCCACACAGGAGAGAGACCCCACAAGUGCUUGGAAUGUGGGAAAAGUUUCAUACGAAAGUCACACCUAGUUCGUCAUAAGGCAUUACACACAGGAGCGAGACCCCACAAGUGCUUGGACUUAGGGGAAAGUUUCAUAGAAAGAUCAAACCUUGUUCAACGUCAGGCACUCCACACAGGAGAGAGACCCCAGAAGUCCUUUGACUGUGGGAAAUGUUUCACAGAGAGGUCAAACCUUGUUAAACAUCAGGCAAUCCACACAGGAGAAAGACCCCACAAGUGCUUGGACUGUGGGAAAAGUUUCAUAAGAAAGUCAACCCUUGUUGAACAUCAGGCAUUACACACAGGAGCGAGACCCCAUAGCUGCUUGGAUUGUGGGAAAACUUUCAUACAGAGGUCACACCUUGUUCGCCAUCAGGCAUUACACACAGGAGAGAGACCCCACAAGUGCUUGGACUGUGGGAAAGGUUACAUACAAAGGUCAGAUCUUGUUAAACAUCAGGCAAUCCACACAGGAGAGAGACCCCACAAGUGCUUGGACUGCGGGAAAAGUUUCAUAAGCAGGUCACAACUUGUUCAACAUCAGAGAAUCCACACAGGAGAGAGACCCCACACGUGCUUGGACUGUGGGAAAUGUUUCACAGAGAGGUCAAACCUUGUUGAACAUCAGGCAAUUCACAUAGGAGAGAGACCCCACAAGUGCUUGGACUGUGGGAAAAGUUUCAUAUGGAAGUCUGACCUCAUUAAACAUGGAAGAAUCCACACAGGAUCUAAACUUCUGUGACACAUGGCAAGAAAGGAUUAAGCAACUUGCAUGUCAUUCACUCAGAUUCAACUUUUAGAGAGAGAUUAUAAAAGUGUGUCCACCUUAGAUAACCUAGAAUUUGACAUGUAAAUGUGUAUUUUGAAAGACUUGGAAGAAGAGGGCAAGUCGUGUCUGAGUAACCUAAUUGCCUUCUAUGAGGAGAUAAGUUGCUCUGUGGAUGAGGGGAAAGCAGUGGAUUUGUUAUACAGCCCAAAAGUCAAGGAAUAAGUAGGGGCAUUGCCAGCAGAUUGAGGGACAUGAUCAUUCCCCUCUAUUCGACAUUGGUGAGGCCUCCUCUGGAGUAUUAUGUCCAGUUUUGGGCCCCACACUACAGGAGGGA